UGUAGAUGCUUAUGAUUCAUGCCUAAACAGUGUGUGUUAAUAAAUUAAUAAUUUUUUAUUUUACAAGUCCACGUGUUGUGAAUUGUUGAAAUUGGAGUUAAAAGUUUAUUUUUUUGUUAAAUAAAUAAAUAAUGGGUGAAAUUAAACCAAAAAAGGAAGAAGGUGAAGAUGCACCAGAUGCUGAAGGUAAAGAACUCAGUUAUGAGGAUAAAUUAAAAAAUUGCAGUCCAAUUGCUGAUCCAAUGGCCAGUAAAAAAUUAACCAAAAAAAUUUACAAACUUAUCAAAAAAGCAUCAAAACAAAAGACCUACUUGAGAAAUGGAUUGAAAGAUGUACAAAAACAUCUUCGUAAAGGUGAAAAAGGUAUUGUUAUAUUUGCUGGUGAUGUAUUUCCAAUUGAAAUAAUGUGUCAUUUACCAAUUGUUUGUGAAGACAAAGACAUACCACAUUGUUAUGUACCAUCUAAACAAGAUAUUGGCACAUCAAUGGGAGUUAAACGUGGUAGUUUGAUGGUUCUCAUUAAAGAACAUGAUGAGUACAAAGAUUUAUAUGAUGAGGUCAAGGAAGGCAUCAAGACUCUUGUUCCAAGUCAUUUUUAAAUUUAAUCAUUGAUAAACUAUCUACUAAUAAACAAUAAAUUGUAAAAUUAUUUCGUUUUAUAUUUUUUUAGAAAUUAAAGAAACAAAAAAAUGAAAAAUACACAAUAAAUAAC